AUGGAGAAGAUUCCUAUCUUCGCAGAUGCUUUUCUUACAGAUGAGUCUAUAAAAAACAUAACUCUUGCAGAAAUUAAUAAGAAUAGAUUGGUGAUGGAUGAAUUGUUGUAUGACAGUUUCUCUUUGAAAGAAGAGCAUGAGAGACUAAUGAAUUCCCUCACUGAUGAGCGGAGAGUUGUUUAUGACAAAAUAAUUUUAGCUGUUUCAAUAGGAAGUGACUUUCGGCAAAUAUUACCUGUCAUUCCACAUGGCAGUAGACAAGAGAUAGUUGAUGCAACAAUCAAUUCUUCGUAUCUAUGGUCCCAUUGUCAUUUGUUAUCUUUGACCAAGAAUAUGCGUAUGAAUUCUGGAAGUAGCACUAAUAAUUUGUUGGAAAUAAAAGAAUUUUCUGAGUGGCUACUUAAAAUAGGAGAUGGUGAUCUUGGAGAUGAUGUUGAUGGAGAAUCUAUUAUCACAAUUCCAGAUUAA